UAAGAGGGUGUCUUAAAAAAGAGAGGCAUUGUUCUCGAGCAUCACUUUGAAGAACAUUUCUGCACUGCAAAGGUUGAAUCGCCAUUGUAAAGAUGCCCGAGCAAGAGAAAAAGUCCAAGAUCUCUGCGUCUCGCAAGCUGAUGCUAAAGAGUCUUAUGGUAGCUAAAGCAAAGGAUGAUUUAGAGCAAGAGCUGGUAGAUAAAGAGGCAGAGAAGGAGAGAUAUCUGUCUGAGAAAACUCCUCCGAUACACACGAGAGAAAUGUCUUUCGCUGAGCUUCAGGAGCUGUGCCGCGAACUACACGCCAAAGUCGAUGUGGUGGACGAGGAGCGCUAUGACAUUGAGGCUAAAGUGCUUCACAACACAAGAGAAAUCAAAGAUCUGAACAUCAAAGUCCUGGACCUGAGGGGCAAAUUUAAGCGUCCCCCGCUGAGAAGAGUCCGAGUCUCGGCUGACGCCAUCCUGCGCUCUCUGCUGGGGUCCAAACACAAGGUGUCCAUGGAUCUGAGAGCAAACCUCAAGUCCGUCAAGAAGGAAGACACAGAGAAGGAGAAGACAGUGGAGGUCAGUGACUGGAGGAAAAAUGUGGAGGCCAUGUCUGGAAUGGAAGGGAGGAAGAAAAUGUUUGAUGCAGCACAGUGAACAAACGAUCACAAUCAACAUCUGCAAACAUGCAAGAAAUCAGAUUGGGAUGAAUGGACAACGCUGAAUAUUAUAGGAAUGCAUACAGGCCUACUUGUCAAAUACAAAAUGAUUUGUCAGUGUGUUCAUGUCAAAUUAAAAGCUCUGUGAUGUGAAGUGUCAAAAACGUAUUGUAAAUAAAUGUAAACUCCAGAUAUGUAUCAAUAAUUGUCAUUUCAUGUGAAUGUUUGUACAGUCAAUGUUUAGUAAGGACUAAAGCUGAUAGUGUUUUGGGGAAACUGACUAAUAAAAUGAAAUGAUAAGUAAAUAAUCUGGAAAUUCAGUGCGCCGGUGAAAAAAAUAACAUUUCUAAAGGGAGUUAUCAUGUGUCUGUAAUGGGAAAAAAAAGUAUGUGAAUGAUAAGGCCAAAGCGACCUGCACAUUUCUCAGUUUACCAGUCAGGAGUUGGUGAUCAUCAAGUCCUCCUGAGAACUUCGUGUUUACGAAUUGGGAAGUCGUGUUCACGACGGCUGGUGCGUUUCAGUCACUUCCGUCGAAGCAAGAUGGCGGCGACAUAUCUGAUUUAAUCUUGUUUUUUUAAAUCUUGUUUCUCAUUUAAUCUUGUAAUCAUGUUUUUAUGGUUUACAAUGAUGAAAUAGAAAGUCUGCUGCUUCAGUAAAACCGACAGGCCACUAGGAAACUGGUGGUCAUACCUGUACCAGCCGCUAGAGUGCGCUGUUUACCAGCUGCAUAUUUAAAACACGGUUGAAACUUAAAGAACUUUAUUUUUAAGAGUUUAUCUGUUUGUGUUCUUUAAGCGGGUUCUUAAUAAUUUCAUCAUAGCCUACGUUAAAUUUUAAAGGAUUUAAGGAAUGCCUGAUAAGCGAGGCCAAAACCAUUCACACAAAACGCAUGUCCAAACAAAACCAGUUAUGACAUGAUGCAAAGGUUAAAAGGUGAAACAUUUCACUCCUAAAUGACCGACUUUCCAUUUCACAAGAGAAAGUUGCAAUGCAUUUUUGUGAUUGCCCCUCCCUGGUCACAUGAUUCACCUCCAAACUAUGAAAGAUCUGACUUUAUGAGUCGCUCGCCUCGCAUUACCCCUGAAUUGACUGUAACAUAAUGAUGUUUUGCUCUAGAGCUGGAGUUUCCUCAGGAUUAACCGGCUGAAUAGCGUUUCCAUCCAAGUAAACGUCUGUGUUCAUUGAUCUUUCUUUUAUCGAGCGACUUAGCAAAUAGAGCAUGUUUCGUUUCGAAAGAGCAAGUGAAGACUUGAAGAUGGUUUCUUGUCAGUGUAUAUUACACUAAUAAUUCUUAAUAGUAGGAUUAGGAAUGUUAUCUAUUUUUUAUAUUGUAGGCCUAUGUUAUUUCUAUGAUACUUUACCCACUAUAACACACACACAUUGUGUUUUCAUGUUUUAUGGGGACUUUCCAUAGACAACAUUAUUUUUAAACUGUAGCUACAUGUUUUCUCCCAUUACCCUAUAAACCUGAACCUACCUAUCACAGAAACUUUCCACAUUUUUACAUUUUCAAAAAAACAUCACUUAGUGUGACCUAUAAGCGGUUUUCCUCAUGGCAUUUUACUGUCAAAUGGUUGACCCUUUCAGUAUAAAGGAAUGUAUGAAAGCAGUUCAGGUGAGGAGGGUCACCUUGAGUGUUGUUUGUUUAUGUUAGUUUUUAUUUAAUAUUCUUUAUUUGGAAGUCAAUAAAGAUUUCACUGACUGCAA